AUGGGCUAUCCCGAGACUACCGUUAGUCCACAUGCCAGAAUUUCUACUACUAACACUCCAGACGGACUGGACAUAGAAUAUAAUCCGAAAACAGUCGAUGACACAGAAAAAGCGCAGAAGGUUGCGGAGCGGCAAGCCCCUGAAGAGCAAUUAGAUGUUGGUUCUACCGAGCCCAAGACAAAAAAGUCACUGUCCUUCAAACUCGCCUUCAUAGGGCUUGCGGCGAGCCUGUUUGUCUUUCAAGUCGAUGCAACUUGCCUUGGUAUUGCCCUUCCAACUAUAUCUGGUGAUUUGCAUGGCUCGAGUCUUCAGUCAUUCUGGGCGAGUUUGGCCUACACCCUUUGUGGUUUGGUCAUCCAACCAAUAUGGGCCAGUAUCUCCAAUACCUUCGGCCGAAAGCCCCCUCUCUACACUUCCAUGGGGCUAUUCUUUAUCGGUUCCAUUGUUUUUGCAACUGCACAAAACAUGAACACCAUCAUUGUCGGACGGGUUCUCCAAGGCCUCGGCGGUGGAGGAAUUGAUGUUCUGGCAGAGGUGAUUCUCGCAGACAUGACCACGCUAGAGGAACGAUCGACUUAUCUCGGUUUGAUGGCUAUUCCGUCAGCUGUUGGCAAUAUCAUGGGUCCCACCGUCGGCGCCCUUUUCUCGAAUUAUGCUAGUUGGAGGUGGGUUGGAUGGUUCAACCUUUUCUUCUUAGGAAUUGGGGCGCCAUUGCUGUUCUUCUUUCUCAAGCUUCGCCCCGUUCCGCUCGAUGCAACGCUCGCUGGAAACUUGAAGCGCGUUGACUGGAUUGGCAUAGUACUUGUCGUCAUCGGAGUCACAGCUUUUGUUGUGCCACUCAGUUGGGCCGGUUCCUUGUAUCCAUGGGCAGCUUGGCAGACACUUGUUCCAAUGUUAAUAGGAGUUGCGGUCAUUUUCGUCUUUGUCUUUUACGAAGCAAAGCCCACGGAACCAAUUAUUCCCCAUCGGCUCUUCCACUCCAAGACCGGCAAUAUGACACUGUUGGGGGGCUUCAUUCAUGGUAUAAUUCUAGUCUCCCUUUUACAAUACCUGCCCUUGCUUUAUCAGGCUGUAGAGCUCGAGACUGCAAUCUCAUCGGCCGUCUCACUAUUACCCACAAGCAUUAUCAGCGUGGUAUUCGCAGCCGUCGCAAUGCUGAUGGUGCCGUUGUUUGGAGGAUACGUCUGGCUUUUACGAUUCUCAUGGGUCAUUCUCACAUUGGGAACGGGCAUACUGGCAUUAUUGAAUGUGGGCUCCUCAUCAUCGAUGCGUUACGGGCUUUCCAUUCUCUGGGGAUCAGGUGUUGCGUUGCUACGGUUGAACCUUCUUCCCAUGCAAGCCAGUGUGAAGAAUGUGGACGAUACAGGCCUGGCUAUUGCGCAGUUUCUAUCAAUUCGCAUGUUUGGCGGCCUUGUCGGUCUUACAAUAUCUUCGGCAAUUUUCAAUAGUGUCUUUUCAACAACCAUUUCUGAUAGUACCGUGCAACUGACAGGAGUUUUGUCGACAUUGAACGACGCUUCUAAUGCAGUGAAUUUUAUUGAUCAGUUGAGGCUACUAGACAUCUCUAAGUCUACGCUAGAUCAGGUGUUGCGAGUCUAUCUGGAGUGUUUUCAGAUAAUCUUCUAUACCAUGACCGGUCUGAGUGGACUAGGCUUGAUUACUUCAGUAUUUCUGGAUGAGAUUGAUCUGAAGAGGCAGGAUUUGGGAAAUCAACGCUUUGAAGAUUAG